ACAUGAAGAAUAAAUGAGUGACAAACAUCCAUAAAGUGUCAUCAUGUUGUGAGUCUUCCUACCUGUCCCUCCUCCUCUACAGGUGGAGCUCUGACUCGUUCCAGGAAACAGCUCACCUGUGGCAAACACUUUCCUGACAGACGUGGAGUGGAGAGUCUUUGUCUUCAGCAGUUUGGAUGUUAACUGCGUUGCUGACAACCAGAACAGCCCUUAAGGUCAAGGACAGAGCAGAAUGGGUCCAUGCGUUGAGGUGCAGACCGGCUCCCACAUCCAUUCACAAGGAAGGGAAAAGCCCAGACAAGCAAAAGGAUGGUUCCUCCUCCUCUUCCUAUGUGUCUUUGUGUUCUACAUCAUAUAUACCAUGUCACGCUCGGGCAUCAUCCUGUCAGAAGAGGAUGUACAAGAGCUGUACAGACUCAUCAUUUCCUGGUUGGAUCAGGGAGAAGAUUUUGGUCGUCACCCGAGACAAUUAGCACAUGAGCUUGAGUCUGUUAAUGAGAAAUGCAACGUUGGCCGUGCUGUGGGAAACACUGUCUCAGAAGUGGGUGGGUUGGCGACGAUAGGAGCAGGUGUUGCCACCUUUUUAAGUGCAGGAGCAGCAGCUCCCCUCCUCGGAGUUGCAGCAGUCUGCGGGACAGUCGGGUCAACUGUGACUUUAACAUCAAAACUAAUUGAGUCUUGGUUAGAACAAGGCACACUGGAAAAAGCAAAGAAGAAUUCUGAGGAGUAUAAAAGGCUUGGAGAGGAGAUUGAUGAGCAGAUAGGAAAAAUCACGGGUGUCUCAGGUCUAGCUGUGGCAGAUGAUAAGGUCAUAGAGUGCAUCCUUCAGGCCAUUGCAAAAAAAAAUGAAAUACCUUGGCUGGAGGUUGUGGAAAUGGUAGAAGAAUGGGUGACGCUGAAAAAAGGCGGUUGGCAGGCUUGGAGCAAAGGGUCACUGGACGUACUUUCAGGACUUCACAUUCUGAAACUGACACUCCCGGAUGCCAUUGAAUACUACAAGAGGGCCAUUAAAAAUAACAGUGUAACUGGACCGAGUGAGGAACUGAAGAACGCAGCUGAUGAGCUACUGAGGUCGACUCAAAAAAUCAGAGCAGCGCUGAAUGAAAUUGAGAAGAAGAUGAUUAAGAUUUGGCACAGAAAAUAUUUUUAUUUCUCUUAAAAGGGUCCCAAUUCAUUUUCUUUUUUGUAACAUUGCCUUUGUUUUCAACAACUGUCCGAGGAAACACAA